AUGUCGACGCGCCAAAACCCAGUGAGAAGUGCACGGCAACGAGCGGAAGUGAGUUUUUCCAGUGAGUAUUGAUUUAUGAGAUCCCUAUGUAUUACAGAAAAAAGAAGUGUUUGUGGUUGAAAAAGUGAUGGACAAACGUAUCAGUCGGACGGGCAAAAUUGAAUUCCUUAUCAAAUGGGAGGUUUGUGAUCGGAAAAUUGAAAAAUGACGCUGAAAGUGUGGACUUUCAGGGAUUUUCACAAGCCGAUAGUACUUGGGAGCCAAAGGAAAACCUUCAUUGCGAUCGGAUGAUUGAAGAAUACGAGAAAGCAUGCUCAAGAGUACAUAAUUCCGCCCAUUCUCAUCACAGAAACAUACAUUUUAGCGUGAACGUCAUAGAAGGCAAAAUCGGAGUCCAUCAAACUCGCCCGAACCAGAAACAUCUUCAAGUUACAACACGGAACAGUUGCGCGGAAAAGUCUUGGACAACAUCAUUGGAGUGACAAAGGCGCCUGGACAACUACAAAUAUUGUGCAGAUUCACAGAUGGCACGUGUGAUUUGGUUCCGGCGAAAGAAGUGUAUGAUAGGUGAGCGUUUUGGGCAGACUAAAGUCAACCUCCAGUUAACCCUGAAUCAAUCAAUACCCAUCAUUUGCCAUCUAACAAGAUAUUUGAACAACCAAACCCUGCACAUACAUGCAUAUUAUUCCAUUUGAUCUUUGCACCAACCUCAUUUCUGUUUAAUAACCCUCUCUUUUCCCUCUCCUUUAGUCUCGCUGACCUUGCGUGUGUAUUCAACCUCCUCGCCCUCCUCCUCACCUUCUUCACAAAGACCUCCAUUUUUUUCUUCAUUGCCCGCGCAAUAGAACCACAUGGUGUUCUUCUUAAUAGCCAAGGAGCGCAUCUUGAUGAGAAUUCGCUUUUCGCUUAUCCGCAUUCAAAUGCGACAUCUAGCAAAGGAGAAAAAGGAAUUAGGAUCCGGAAAACCUCUAGGGGAAAGCAUGAUAAGAAAAAAUGUUCAAAAAGAAUUUUUUGUGAAUGAACAAUUGCUUUCUGGACAAAAAAUCAGACUUGCCGUGGCCGUGCAGGACCGAUGGAGGUCCGACCACCGGCCCAGCCCAAUUGGCCCGAGUUUCACAAUCCCUUGACAUUCCAGAUUCCCAGUCCAUGCGCUCAAGUUCUACGAAGGAAGGCUCAAAGCUCAAGGAGUGUCACCUGAGGAAACCGAGUGGAUGACAGCAAAACGCUAA